AUGACAGAGACCCAAUUUGAAGCAAAAUGGUCGCAGUGUGUACAACAUUAUUCCAUCCAUCAUGAUGGGUUUAUGACUUCCAUGUAUGAGAAGAGAGAAACAUGGGCGGAGACAUUUCUUAGAGGAGACUUUUUCGCCUAUAUGGGAACGACACAAAGGUGUGAAGGAAUGAACGCUUUUAUUAAAACAAAGGUUGCGACAAAUAUGAAGUUAAAUGACUUCAUUCGAAGACUAGACAUGGCUUUGUCAUGGAUGCAACAUAAAGAACGUAAAGAUGAUCAUGAAUCUAACCACACGAUGCUGGAUUUAGGCAAGACUUACAUGGAUUUGGUUGAAAAACAAGUAGCAACUUUGUACACAAGGAACCUCUACUGGAAGAUAAGAGAGCAAAUUCAAAAGGGAGGAAAGUUAUCCGUAAGUAGAAAAGAAAGAGGUGAAAAUGAAAAUGAAAAUGUUUAUCUACUAACAAAAUACGGUGAUAAGAGUUAUAGGAAACUUGUCAGACAACGGAUACCAGAUAAACAUCUAAUAUGCGAGUGUAUGUUAUUCACUAGUUGUGGAAUCCCUUGCUCCCACAUGUUUGCUAUCAUGAAAUUUUUGCAAAUCACUGAGAUCCCAAAAUCCCUUAUUGCCAUACGAUGGCUGAAGACAGAUUUUCUGCAUGUAUAUUCUAAUGCUCUGCUUAAUUCAGAGAUGUUCCAUUUACCAACGAAAGAGUGCCACUUCACAGAGCUGAUACAAGACUGCAAUGAAUUGGCAGUCGUUGCAUCCGUGAGUGAGAUGCGAUACAGUAAGGCCAAGGAGGAGAUUAAAAAGCUUCUUGCAACAUUGAAAUUGUUGGAAAUUGAUGGCAACAAGAACCAGACACUCGUUACUCCAUCUCUGAAAGUUAAAAAUCCACUUAUCACACGAAUAAAAGGAACAACAAGGGUAGGACCAAAUGGGCCACCAUGA